UAGACCAAAUUAAACCCCAUAUAUAUUUAAUUUUUAUAUGGUUGAUUCAAUAGUUCCACAAAGAGAAAGCUUAUCACUAAGAUAUAUUGUCUCUCCCAAUCAAUUAUAUCUCAUAAAUGGGAGCUGGUUCUUAUGGUGAAGUGGAACGUACAAUGUUUCAAAAAUCAGCAGAUAGUGAUUCCAAGAGAGAAGGCAAACACGUAGAAUUUAUGCCUCCAAUCAUGGAUGAAACUUUAAGAGCAGCAAAUCAAUUUGAACUGAUGGCCCCCUCCUCAAUUGCAUUUAAAUCAUAUCCCUAUUCAGAAGUACCAAAAUAUUCUGGUAGCAAUGUGACUCUUGCUUGCGGUGAGCCUAUGGUAAAUCAAAAUAUGGAGAGAUCAUCAUCAGUUCAUCAUAAUGGUAGAAUGAUUUUGCCAGUUGAAGUGAAGGAAGAGCCAAUGUAUGUAAAUGCAAAACAGUACCAUGGAAUUCUAAGACGAAGGCAACUUCGUGCUAAGGCUGUGUUGCAGCAAAAAGUGGUCAAAUCUAGAAAGCCUUAUCUUCACGAAUCGCGUCACCGACACGCGAUGAGAAGAGCUAGAGAUGGUGGAGGUAGAUUUCUCAACACAAAGAAGAAGAUCCAAUCUACUACUACAACUAAUAAUAGCAAUGCAACUCCAAGUAGUAAAGGCAAAAGUUCAUUGGACUGUGAUUCUUCUCAGAAUUACCUACUCAAUUAUGAACAUGAUAUUGGAUCAUCCAAUAACAGUAAUUCUGUUGAAGGAUUUCAGUUCCAAGCUGGAAUACAUGAUACUAAAAAUCUUCAAUUGGGUUGUCAUUAUCAGUGGAACCUCAAUGACAACAAUCAUUGCAAUUGCAUGCACUCGGAACAUUUCUAAAGAGAGUUGCUCUGUGAGAUAUCUAGUAGUUUUUCACUUGGUCUUCGUGUCCCAAGUACCACUUAUUUAUUUUUCCAUCUGAAUGAUCUAUACUAUAGUUUAAUUUAAACUUUUGGGAGUAAUGUAAAAAUCCAAUAUCCCUGCAGUUGUAACUUUUAUCUGUAAUAAACAAUACUUGUAGUAUAUGUUUUAGGUUUUCAGUGA